AUGCAUUCGGUAGUCCGUCCGCAUCAGCAUGUGGUGCUACGGCUACCUUCAGGCGUGUACAAGCUGCUGAAGCUUGCGCCGGGGAUGCCCGUCUCUCUGGGAAAGUUCGGCAGCUUUUACUCGAACCAGAUUAUUGGUCGCCCGUUCUAUUUCACCUACGAGUUCCUGGACCAACCGGGCGACGAUGGCUACGCUUUGCGCGUUGUGCCUGCCGCCGAGCUCCAUGCCGAAGCGCUUAUCAGCGAGGGGUCUGCAGAAGCAGAUGGCGUGGUAGAUGACGUGGAAAUGAGCAACGGCGAUUCGUUACCCACGCGCACGAACCGCGACAUUAACGACGAUAAUUCAUCUCAGACCCUGACAUGGCAGGAAAUCGAAGAGCUGAAGAGGAAUACCACGGGUGCCGGACAGGAAAUCAUUGAAAAAAUUCUAGAAGCUCACUCGACUAUUGACAAAAAGACAGCCUUCUCGCUAGCAAAGUACAAAUUGCGGAAACGCCAAAAGUACCUCAAGAGAUUUACGGUCCUACCUGUGGACGUGGGCGUGUUGACGGAGUAUAUCUUGCAAGGAAAGGACCCAAAUAAAAUAAUGGAGCUGCGUGAUGAGAUGAUUGGACUGUUGGGAUGUUGGGGAAACGUUCACCAUGCUGGGAAUUUGCAAUUGGACGACGUCAAGCCGGGUGGAAGAUAUCUGGUGGUUGAUGAUACCGGAGGCCUGGUUGUCGCUGCGAUGGCGGAGAGAAUGGGCAUUCUCCAGCCUCCAGAGCCAGAAGACGAAGAGGAGACCGGCGAUGAUGACGAGGAGGAGAAAGACGCUAGGAAUAACGAUGGCGAUGUUGCUGAUCAGCAAAUGCCAAAUGCACCUGAAGAAUCAACUGCCACUGACACGACUCCUCAAAAACAAAAUAAUGCGGGGGACUACAAGACGCCACAACGACACACAACACAACAAAACGCCACGAAUGCUAGGGAAAACACUAUCACAGUCAUUCAUGCCUACGCUAGACCCAAUCUCUCUCUUCUAAAGUACUUCGGCUACGAGGAAGAUACCCCCGAUGAAUCUCACCCUUUGUUUAGUCAUUUGAAGACAACAACAUGGCUUCAGCUUCUUGAUCCACAUUCGGACAACAUCUAUGCUGAGCGCCCGGAAAACGUAGAUGAAGCCACUUUGAAGUCAUGGAAGCCGCGACAACGCGGAAUAUACCACCGCAAGCUCGCUCGUUACAAUCGUGUUCGAGCCACUGUCGACGAAGUUCGAGCUGGAGGAUAUGAUGGCCUGGUGGUGGCCAGUCUGAUGGACCCUGAAUCGGUCUUGAGACACGCUGUUCCUCUGUUGGCUGGUGGAGCUUCCACUGUAGUCUAUUCGCCCGCAAUUGAACCACUUACACAGCUAGUUGAUCUUUACUCAAGUGAUCGCCGUGGGGCUUACAUCAAAAAAAAGCUAGCCCUCGAGAAAGAACAAGAAAACCUCGCCGCUUCGUCGGAGGCCAAUCUUGCUUCAAUUGAGGCGGCACUCUUCGCGGAAUUCACUCUCGAUCCGACGCUUCUUCUUGGUCCCAUGCUCCAGACUUCGCGUGUUCGUCAAUGGCAGGUCCUCCCCGGCAGAACGCACCCCUUGAUGUCUGAUCGAGGAGGGUCCGAAGGCUAUAUCUUCCAUGCUACUCGAGUCUUACCUGUAGCUGGAUACGUCAACGCUCACGGAGUUUAUGGUCGAAAAAAGAAAAGGAAGUUGGAUGAGUCUGGGGCACAGGCCCCGGCCCAGGAGGUAUCGACGCCGUCGGCGUAG